UUAUUGUCUCAUUGAUUGUUCAUGUAGGCAUAACAGUAAAGCUUACACGUGGUUAAAGUUGUAUUAUACUCGCCAUAACAACAGAAGACAUCAAACCCGUGGAAAAUUUUCAAAGGUGAAUGAAAAUUUAUUCAGGACAUAAUUAAGUUUUCUUGCGUGCCGUUCACAAAUUCUUCCUGUUUGUAAUUUAACAGUACACUGAUUUUUAAAAUAGAUUGAAGAUUUCAGACGGAGUCAUGGAAAUUGAAAGUUCUAACAUACCGAUGGAAUGCGAAUCCCAUGAAGUCGAAGAACCGUAUUCUGAUCACACUAAAGUUGUACGACCAAAAUCACUGGAAGAAUUAAUUCAAGAACUUCACAAGGUAUUUGAUAGCGACAAGGUGAAUGUGGACUAUGUGAAGCGUUUAAUGACAUUAUAUAUCAGUAAUCGCAAAGACUGGAAAAAAUACGCCAAGUUUGACCCCCACAGGUAUACAAGGAAUCUUGUAGAUGGAGGAAAUGGUAAAUUUAAUUUAAUGGUUUUAUGUUGGGGUGAAGCUAAUGGCAGCAGUAUACACAGUCACGCUAAUGCCCAUUGCUUCAUGAAAGUCUUAGAUGGUUCCGUCCGUGAAGAGCUGUACGAUUGGCCAUCAGAAGAUUCCACCGAAACAAGUAUGAGUCCAAGACAGAAAAAUACAUACGAAAAAAAUAGCUGUGCCUAUAUUAGCGAUGAAAUUGGCCUCCAUCGUGUAGAAAAUCCAAGCCAUUCCGACAAGGCUGUCACUCUUCACCUUUAUUCACCACCAUUCGAUGAGUGCGAGAGUUUUGAUCAGCGAACGGGUCACAAAAAUACAGUUAAAGUUACAUUUUGGAGCAAGUUCGGAAAGAGGACACCUUAUGGAGUAUGCGCUACAACAAAGGAAGCAAGGAAAAAUGCCGAAAAUAAUUAAGGAUGAAGAAUGAUGGCUGAUGACUGCCAUUUAGGAUUGUGACAGUGUGCGUUUACUAAAAUGCAUUUAAUAAUACAUGUAAUAGUAUUUUGAUUAGAAGUGAUACAUUUAAUGAAUACUUCCGCAUAAUAUACAUCAUUGUAUUUUAUGUUUAAUAUUAAUGCAAAUAAUUUAAUACGCUAAUCUCUUGGUUCUUGGUGUAUAUAUUAUAGGUCCGUUUCGACAACGUCGACCACAGUAUAAAAAAGCUAUAAUAAUUAAUUUUUAGAUUUCUGGGCUGGAUCCUCAUUAGUUUAUAGGACGUUGUUCCGCAAAGAACACUUUGCUAUCUCAAGGCCUGCACACAUACCAAGUGUAUCGAUCUCCGUAAAGUCCUAAACUAACUCCGUUAAAGGGUAUAUCUGAAAAUGGAUUUAUUAUUCCCUACUGUUUCAUCCUGAUAUGACAUAAUAUUAUUCUUAGAUUUGUAUAGGGCCCCCUACCUUGCCAAAUUACCAUUAUCGCAGAUCCAUAGUGCGCGAUAGAACCGACAAUUUCACUUGGAUCUAUGGAAUAGUGGUUAUAUAGGAUUGUGUUACCUGGGCUAUGCGAUGGAUUAGCUGUCGUGAUGCACACCCAGGCGAAAACAUGUCAGGACAAACAGUUUAGUUUGAAGACUUUGUCGUUAUACCUAGGGCAGACAAGCGUAUUUUUUCGCCCGAUCGCGCCGAUUUUUAAAAUCGCUCUAAACAAAUCGCCCGUCGUGUGCUCGUUCAUGGCGACGGCAAUACAGUCAGCGAACCAUUCGGUCGACCGAUCGCCCGUAUCUAGUAUGUUAGAUAUUUUCGGUCGAAUAUUUUACGCCGGCGAAUCGAUCGCUGGCAUAUCCGCUCGUCUGCCCGUGUCCAGCGUAUAUUGUCGACAUCAUUGAUAUGAUCUCAAAAUGGUUGACUCCAGAGUCUGACGAAAGAAGGAGAAUUGAUGAUUCUUUGGUCGGAAAGGCCUUGCCUGUUUAACGUCACGAUUCCAGAGUUUUAGAAGCAAAUAAAUAGCAGCUACCACAGCAAUCUCACGUGAUCGACGUAAUUUACUCGCAGAGAGUGGCGUACGCCCUCGAGACGAUCUCUGCGUGUGCCCGUUCGUGAUCGGCCGUAAAAAAUCGCUGGCGAAUUUUAAUCGUCGCGAUGAAGCGAAAAAAUACGCUCGUAUGCCCAUAGCUUUUUAAUGAUUAUUGGUCAACUAUGAAUUGAUGCUCGGAGUGUGCAAGCCUUUAGGCUACAUAAGGGAGGCCUUGAUCGUGAAAUAUUCAGUAUUGCCCUUCGCAUUUUAAGUGCCUUUAUGUUUCUUUUGAAAUAUUUUUAUUAUGUAAUAUUUUAUGUUCAUGUGAAAUAUAUUUUUAAAAUUAUACAAGACUAAACCUUAUCUUAGUAGUCCCAUAAUUGUUCUUGUCGAGCGGCCAACUUACCUCAAUUUAUUUAAUAUAGCUUUAAUUAUUGCUCAAUGAUUGUUUGUUGAAUAUAUUCAAUAAUUAGAUUUCAAAAAUCGUUUGUUCAAUCCGGUUGACCCGGCAACAUUUUUUUAAUUGCUCAAAUUUUUGUUUCAAUUUCUAUUUGCUUGCUUGAUUAAACAGCAUGUGUAUUAUGCAAUUAGUUAUCAAAAUAUCAACGCUAUUUUAUUCUGAUUUUUUAAUGUAACAUAAACUGUGUGGUAACUUAUGACUUUCAUUGUAGGCAAAGGAUACACAAUACCUUUGGAUGAGUCUUGCACUCAGAAUUCUGUAACAUUACGUCCAAAUUAAGAUGUUGAUAGUUUACAAUCCUUAAAGAUGCAUUAUGUAAGAUUUAGAUUUAUAAAAAGCUGGUCGUUCUUGCUAUAAUAGUUCAAAAAUAAAUAAUGCAAAAUCAUUCAAAUUAUAAUACUUUAUUCUGAGCGAAGUUAUCACCGUUUGAAGUUUUACAAGAUGUGAGAUAUAUAGAUUGUUUUAUCGUAGUUGUUAUUUGAGACUUAGCUUCGAUUCGCCAUUUUUAAAUUAAUACAUUGAAUGGCGACCGUGAUUUUUCCCUUUAAAUCUCCGCCAUCCGAUGUUCUAGAGAGUUAAUUAUAUAUGAGCUUGUCAUGUGAAUAAAUGUCUAAAUAAUAGUUCAUAUAACUUCUGAAGUAAAAAUAAAGACCUACUACAGGCAGAUCUAGCUCUUACAUAAUGCAUCUUUAAUAUAUGAGUUUACAACUAAGUGGAGCUUUUAAUACUUUGUACUUAUGACAGUAAAUUUCAUGUGUAAUCUUUACAGAAACACCGUUUCAUCAACAUUUACGACGUCUAUUAUUGUCAGGCUUAAUGCCAGUAUAUAUCCAUAUAUUUUUAAAAAUUGUAAUAAAAUGUUUGAGAGGUAAUUAUUUUUUUUAAACAUUAAUAGUUGAUUUUGUAUUAAAUGUGUUUUUUUGUUUUUUUUUUUUAUUUCUGUUUUCUGUGUGUUAUAUUUUAGUACCAAAUGCCCGUAACCAAUUUUAAGCGUUAUCAUCAUAUAUGAUAACGCUUAAAAUUGGUUACUCUAAAAUUAUGCUCUAAAAAAAUACACAUUUGACAGGGAUAAGUGUUUUUAUAAAACAUUUUUACGUGAAUUAAAAUGAUAGCAAAGUAUUAAAACCGGUUAUUAUUUAUUAUUAAUGUAAAAUUAACUUUUUUUUCCCAAUAAAAUCUCAUCAUUGCA